AUGCCAUGCUCAAGAAAUAAAGAAGAAGUAGCUCCUAGUGAUGAUUAUGGUUGGAGGUGGGGAGAACUUGUUGAAGGUAAUCGUAAUAAUGUCAAAUGUAGAUUUUGUGGAAGAAUUAUUAAAAGAGGAAUAACACAAUUGAAAGAGUAUUUGGCUGUAAAAAAAGGGAAUGUAACACCUUAUCCACAUGGCUCGGUAAAAGUUAGAAAAUCCAUUGGACAACAGCUUCAAGAAUAUCAUAGAGAAAAAGCUGUAAGGCAGAGGAGGAAAGAAGAAUUAGAGGAAAGAAUAAGUUUAGGAAACCAUGGAAACUAUGGUGAUAGUGGUGAUGAUGAUGAAGAGUUAACUAUCACAAGACGUAAGAGUAUAAUGAAAGCUUUAGUUCAGAUUGGCCUGAAAGAGGUUGUUACUAGGAAAAAACCAGAGAAUUUAAAUCAGUCAGAACCGGAAGAGCUUGUUGAAAAGGUCUUAUCUACAAUCCAGUUGUGCCUCAUGAAUAGGGUAUUGGAGGAGUGUUACCUCCCGUACUACUGGGUAUUAUUUGGUUUAAUGGGCAAAAUGAUCGAUGAAAUUGGUGAAGAAUUUGUUGUUCAGGUUGUGACAGACAAUGAAGCAGCUAUCAAAGCUGGCAGUCAUAUACUGAUGCAAAAGAUAAGGCACUUGUAUAUGUCUGCAUGUUCUUCUCAUUGCUUGGAUCUUAUUUUCAAAGAAAUCGAUGAUAGAAAAAGUGUGAAAAAGGUCUUAGAUGAGAUAACCAUCAAUGAGUUUAUUAUCAACCUUCGUCAGCGGUUUAAGAGGGCUAAAACCACACUCGUUCAAUCAAGGGUUGGUGCUCAUGGGUUUCUACGCCGUUUCGCAACAAGAGGUACUAGUGGAAGAGGCCGCGGCAGUGGAAGUGGAAGUGCUCGGGCUGGGUCUUUGUCAUCGGGACACAUGCCUAACGUUGAAGCUAGAGAGGCACCGCCUUCACCUGAGAUUGAGACAGGGUCUCACAAUUGA